AUGGCUCGUAAUGGAAAUUUCCUGCACUUUGGUACCAAUGCUAUUCAUGCUGGACAGGAACCUGAACAGUGGGAAAUGAAUCAGGUUAUUCCACCAGUUUCAUUGUCCACUACAUAUAAACAACCGGAACCAGGGAAACCAAAGAAGUAUGACUACUCGCGUGCGGGUAAUCCAUCACGCGAUGUACUAGAAAAAUGUUUAUCUACUUUGGAAGAUGCAGAAUGCUGUCGAGUAUAUGCAUCUGGCUUAGCUGCAACAAUGGCAAUCAUAAAUUUUCUAAAAGCAGGCGAUCAUGUUGUUUGCAAUAAUGAUGUCUAUGGUGGCACUCAACGUUACUUUCGGAAAAUUUCGGUUUCACAUCAUGGUUUAGAUGUUUCUUUUGUUGAUAUGACUGAUUCAAAAGCGUUAAGCAAAGCUUUGAAAAACAAUACAAAGAUGGUAUGGUUUGAAACUCCGUCAAAUCCAUUGCUAACCAUAAUAGACAUUGCAGCUGUUACAGCGGUUAUUAAAGGUUUCAAAAGUGAUAUCCUUGUGGUUGUUGACAAUACUUUCAUGUCUCCGUACUUCCAACAUCCGCUUUUACUCGGAGCUGAUAUUGUGCUCCAUUCAAUCACAAAGUACAUAAACGGACAUUCGGAUGUUGUGAUGGGUGCUGUGAUGACAAAUAUAAAAGCAUUAGAUGAACAUUUUCACUUUCAGCAACUCGCGGUUGGAGCUGUACCGUCACCAUUUGAUUGCUAUUUAGUCAAUCGUGGCUUAAAAACAUUGCACAUUAGAAUGCAAGCUCAUAUGGCGAAUGCUCUACAAAUAGCUAAGUUUCUAGAAAACAACCCUAGAGUCGUACGAGUUUUAUAUCCGGAGCUUGAAUCUCAUCCACAAUAUCACAUUCAUAAAAAACAGACUAAAGGAAUGAGUGGGAUGAUUUCGUUUUAUCUGAAAGGAGGAUCUGAGGAAUCUCAAAAAUUUUUAUCAAAUUUAAAGAUUUUUGCUUUGGCUGAAUCACUGGGUGGUUUCGAAAGCCUUGCAGAGCUCCCUGCUGUAAUGACUCAUGCAUCAGUUUCACUAGAAGAUCGGAUAAAGCUGGGUAUCACCAAUAACUUAAUACGGUUGUCAGUGGGUAUUGAAGAUGUAGAAGACUUGAUUCAAGAUCUUGAUCAAGCACUCAAAAAAGUAGUUUUGCUGUAA